CUCUGGGGAACACACAGACUGAGGUUUCCAGAUAACCCCUUUCUCAGUCCUGCCUCGCAUCAGGCUGGCGGGCUGUGUACCUGGACUUCCUGGGACAGUGGCUGGGGUUUGAGCAGAGACCUGGCUACAGGAUGAAGCUGCCCACCAGCUUCUUGCUUUUGUGGCUCAGCCUGGGGGGUGGCCUGGCACAGAGUGACACCAGCCCUGACACAGAGGAGUCCUAUUCAGACUGGGGCCUUCGGCACAUCCGGGGCAGCUUUGAAUCCGUUAACGGCUACUUCGAUUCCUUUCUGGAGCUACUAGGAGGGAAAAAUGGAGUCUGUCAGUACAGGUGCCGGUACGGAAAGGCACCAAUGCCAAGACCUGGCUAUAGGCCGCAGGAGCCCAAUGGCUGCAGCUCCUACUUCCUGGGUCUCAAAGUACCAGAAAGUAUGGACUUGGGCAUUCCAGCAAUGACCAAGUGCUGCAACCAGCUGGAUGUCUGUUAUGACACUUGCGGUGCCAACAAGUAUCGCUGUGAUGCAAAAUUCCGGUGGUGCCUCCAUUCUAUCUGCUCUGACCUUAAGCGGAGCCUGGGCUUUGUCUCCAACGUGGAAGUAGCCUGUGAUUCUUUGGUUGACACUGUCUUCAAUACUGUAUGGACCUUGGGCUGCCGACCCUUUAUGAAUAGUCAACGGGCAGCCUGCAUCUGUGCAGAAGAGGACAAAGAAGAGUUAUAAGGAAGAGGUGAUUCUUUUUUUGGUUUUGAGUGACACCACAGCUGUCAGUCUUGGAGAUGGUAGUGUGGCAGAUGUGUCUCAUCCUUUCUUCCAAAAGUUUGGGUACCACAAAGCAGGAGAAAGGAAAUAUUCUACAGCUGAAAAGUGCGUCCCAUCCCCUGAGGAGAACUGGAGAAAAGACAUGGAGUGAUUUGAAGGCUAUUCCUCACUUUAACACUGGUCUCCCCAACCAAGACACAUUUGCCUGGAAAUUCAGUUCUUAGUUUAAAGACUAAAAUACUUGGAUUCCUGGACUUGAUAAUUAUACUCAUAAGUGAAAUUUUGGAGAGUCCAACCACUUGGGAGGCAAUGACUUUCCUCUGGUCCGUGUGUGAGGUGCCAGUAAUUAUCUCACAUUUAAUAAAGUAUACUUUUUAGAAAAUUUGAAAUGAGCUGAAUGUAUUCCAUUAUCACCAGUAUGCUUCCAUUUCACUUAGAAGAGAACAGAAUCCAACCUGGUAAGUUCCACCAAUGAUAACAGUUAUUUCCACUGGUGCUGAAAAGAUAAGAACGGGUUGUCAGACGCUUACCUGAUUAAAGCCAAUGGAGGUGGUGAUCAGAUGGAGUUAGGUCUCUGAGUUUCCAUUUUUUCCUUCAGUGAACUAUUCCUGUUGAUAUUCCCAAUUACUAGGUGGUCUUCAUGUCAUGAUAAGAUCUGAGAAGCACUUGGUAAAAACUGCCACAGAAGAUAGCUAGGAAAAGUCCCUGAAAUCUGAGGGGAGUGAGAGACAAAUGGCCAUUCCCUCAAUAGUGGUUAUCAACUCUGUGAAUCACCUGAGGAGCAUAACAAAACAAAGAAUCUCUGAGGGUGGUAUCUACAUAUAGGCAUACCUUGGUUUAUUGUGCUUGGCAUUAUUGUGCUUCACAGAUGCUGCGUGUUUUACAAAUCGAAGGCAAGACCUUCCACCAACAAAAAGAUUACGACUCGCUAUUUACCAUUUGGCCCUUUACAGAAAAAGCUGGCCAACCCCUGAUCUAGACCAUUUUUCUCCUUUCCCUUCCUUUUGUUAAUUCUACUGUUUCCAUUAAGAAUUGUUGAUUGUAGCCAUUUCUAAAAAGAAAAAAGAAGAUAAACUGUGUUUUGAUCUUAUAUAAAGUCAUGAAAUUAAUUGGCAUAUUAAAAAAUUGGAAUUAACUGCAUAUAAAAUUUAUUUCUGUGGUUUAUGAUAUUUAUUUCAAUAAAAUGUAUUAAACACCUACAAAACAGUAUGGUAUAAUGUUAUACCUUUUUCUAUUGUCGUAUCAUUCUGAGGGCAUAGAAUGCCAAAUAAUAGGGUAUGAUACCAAAUUUUAAGUUUGUCUACCAUUCAGUCAUUGAACCAC